GCUGACGACAUCUGAAUCAGUCCAGUCCCGUCCCUCGUACUUCCCUUCGACUUCCUCCCUCCCUCCCUUUAUUUCUCGUGUGCUUUCCUUCCUUCUCCAGACAGUUUACUCACUGUCGUUGGAUUUACCCCGGAUUUUGGAAUUAAUCACGCCCACCCUUUCCCCCCCCCACACCCCGGCCUCCCUACUCUACGCAGCUCUCCCCACAGUUUACGCGAGAUCUACUAGUGGGUGGUUACACUCGGUGCUUCUUUACUGGCCCGUCGGCUGGCGAGAGAGAUCUCAGCUCAGUCUGCUCUCUUCUCACACUUCUUCUCCCUUCCCCGUCUUCUGCAUUUCCGAGCGAGUGUUCAGUGUUCAAGAGAGAGAAAAAUGGCAUCAUCAACAUCAACUACAACCACCGCUGGCACCACUAGUACGCCUCCGCAACGCCGACGAUCCAGCCACACAAGCACCACUACCGUACCGAAGCCCAGUGCCAGCAGCAGCAGCAGCAGCACCUCUCUUGCAUCCACGUCCUCAUCCUCGGACUACAUCCUCCCCGCGCCCACCAGCAGCACAUGGAACUCUCUACCACUCGCCUUCGCAGUGCUCCCCUGCUUCGGCGGGCUCCUCUGGGACGACGGCAGCGCCUUCGUCGCCGACGUGAUGCUUUUGCUGCUGCUCUCGAUCUUCCUCCACUGGCUAAUAAAAUUCCCCUGGGAGUGGUACUACUCUUCACAACUCCCCUCCGCGAUCCCGGGGGACGCACCUUGCCCCGUCGACCCCGCGCGCGCCGCCGCCACGCGGGAAAUGCGCCGCUACGAGCUCGCCGCGCUGGCAUGCUGCUUCCUCGGCCCGAUCCUGGGCGGCGCGCUCCUGCACGCUAUGCGCGCGCAGCUCUCGCGCCCCAGCGAGGGCCUGGUGAGUAACUUCAACCUGGCGGUGUUCGUGCUCGCCGCGGAGCUCCGGCCGGUCGCACAGGUCGUCAGGUUGAUGCGUGGGCGCGUGUUGUUCCUGCAUCGCACUGUCGCGGCGGCGCCGCCGCCGCUGGGAAGGGUUGCCGAGCUCGAGAGGCGCAUUGAGGAGAUGGGGGGCGUGGUCAAGGAGUUGAGGGCGUUGGCGAGGAGCACGGGAGAGAGGGAUCCCGAGAUGGAUGCGCUGAAUCGUGCCGUGCGGAGAUACGAGAAGAAAGAGGCCCUGCACAGCGCGCAGACGGAGGCGCGGAUCAAGGAUAUCAAUUGUCGGCUGGACGACGUGAUCACGCUGGCGGCGGCGGCGAGUGCUCGGCAGCAGAGGGAGCAGCGGAGCGCGGGAACUACACUCGCCACACUGUUGACCGAGUGGCUGCUCGGCAUGCUGCUCGUCCCCUUCGAGCUGGCUUGGACGGUCGUCUGUCUGCCAAAGAGGGCGGUGGCGGGAUUGGGAAUCGCGGCGAAACGCGGGGGUGCCGCCGUCGGUGGGAGAGGUGCGGGGAGGCUAAAAGAGUGGUGAGGCGAUUGACUUUGCUCUAUUUGUUCUACAUGUGUAUAAGAUUUUUUUUUUGAUUUUUUUUGGCUGGUGGGUGGGUUUGUGGGUUGCAUGGUGCACGGCGUCAACGGGGUUUGGAAUUCUUCCCUUUUCCAUGGUUUUUU